CAUCGACUGAAGACCACUGAAGGCAACCAAGCGCCAAAUGACACUGUCCUCCUGUUCAAAUUCCCAGUUUAAAAAGCCAAGCCUCUUUUUAGAGAUCAACAUACCGCACACAACCUAAUAUAUUUUAGUAUGUUGUUAUGAUCGGCUUUUUAUUUGUCUACCUAGACUCAAAGCUUACGCCUAUUUUAAGAGUACUUAAGAAAAUCGAAACCUGUUUCUGAACCACUAAGCGAUGACCACUUCUUUAUUUCCCCGCGGCAAGGUCGGAGUGCGGUUAUUGUCACGUGACGCGUGUUAUUUUAAGCGGGCCACAAGUCAUUUGUUUGAGAACACGAGCUGUGAGAUUGCAUUGACGUUAGAGAAUGACCACGUUUUGGAACGUGCCUUUUCAUAAUACGGAAACAAGUGGAGUCAUCUUUCAUUUUUAACCGUACCUUGCCUUAAUAAUCGAAUUCAAGGGUAAGAAAGUUCAACAAAACCGUCCGCUGCCUGCGUGGUCGCUUGGUUGUUUCUAACGUGCUGUGAUAUCGUACGGUAUCGUACCAUGAGUUCUAUUGUCUUCACUCAUAUCAAGGCAAUUUGCCUCUUGUUCGGGACUUUAUUCGUGCUGGCUGCAAGCGAUGACCAAAUUUUCUUUUCCACUAAACCCAAACACAAGGAGGCAUUCGUUGGGGAGAACGUUCAAUUUGAUUGGGACUACGUUCUUAAAGAGGUGGAAGAGGUUCGCUUUGGAGUCGUCAUCAAGGCUCUCGAUGGAGAAGAGCCGCAAAGUAUUGCUAUUUAUAUCAAGAAAAAGAACGGAAGUUCCGUGAGAAAUAACCUGGAAACGUCCAUCGAAUGGAUUCGCGACAGAGUUGUGAUCGUUGAGGACAGGCGAGCAAGUUUCAGAGUCAAUCGAAUCAAAAUGAAAGACUCGGUGACUUUUUUUUGUCAAGUGUAUUAUGGUACAGAUAAAAUGUCUGUGAUUGAUACAGUGGAACUGACUGUUGUGGAUCUCUUGAUAAACAAGGCAGAUUCAACAAAGGUAGCUGAGUCCUGGGUGGGCCGUAAGAUUACAGUGGUCUGUGCAGUUAAGGUGCCUGAGAGCAUUCAAAAGAAUGUCAUGUUUUCUUGGACGCAUAUACCAUCAAACAGAACUGUGCCUAGAGAAUUCCAUGACGACAUGAGAAGUAAAAGCUUCUUGGCAAUAACCACAAACAAAGAUGAAGACUUCGAGACAUUGCAGUGCAAGGCAGAAACCAAGUCAACAGUGAAAUUCCACAUAAUCAACAUAACCAAACUAAGUGCACCAUCUGAACCCAGAAAUCUCAAGACAGAAGUAGUAUUUAACACUAAAAGUGCACAAACCUUCAUUAGGCUUUACUGGGACCCUCCUGCAGAAAAUGGUGGUUCUGUAGUUGAAAAAUACAUUAUUCAGUACAUAGUAAGUGGACUUCCGUGGAAUUCACCUCACACAGUUGAAACAAAAGACACUGCAUUUGAGAAGUUGCAUGUAAAGCUGCGAAGUGGAGGAAAGUAUAGUGCAAGAGUCAGGGCACAAAACAAGGCAGGGCUUGGACCAGCAUCAAAUGAAGUGCUCAUAAACCUUGACAUUGAUGAGCCAGGUCAGCUUCACUCUGACAGUUCCCACCCAAAUCAUCUAGAGGAUUGCCUCCUGCUGGUCUCUCUUGUUACAUGGUUUCUGAUGAAAAUGGCGAUGUAAUGAAGAUCUGUGCUCAGAAGAAACAUCAGGAUUGACUGGCUUGAUAUGCCUAUAUGUAUGUUCUUACACUUAAGUUAUUUAACUUCUCACUUAACAGUGGUAGUAUAACUUAAAAAGAAAAGCUUGCUACAUGUAGUCAUUUUCUGUGGUUACAUUUACACUUGUAAGGGAAAAUUGUGAAAUGGCCCAGUUACAUCAAAUGUGUAGGCUAAUGUUUGGAUGUGUAUGGGUGUCCAUACUUGUGUGUUGUUUUCAAUGAGCUUACAUACAUGUACAUCAAUAAUAAUUAUUGUUGGCAUACAAGUGUAAUGAAAACCUGUUAGUAGCAUGCAGUAUGAUGUAAGAUUUUUGUACUAAAUUAAAUUAACUUGCUUUUAAGGAGCAUUUUCAAGGAGAUUAAAAGUGGUGCUAAAUUAUAAUAUGACGAUCAUGGUUGUACAUAGAAUACUGUAUGCCUAGAACACUAAGGUGAAGGCGUGAAUUAAUAA